ACCUUUUCCGCGCAUACCACAUCCCUUGAUACCUUUUUAUGACUUCCACUGACAAAAAAAAGCAGAAGCGCACGAUCGGACACUACCCGUGCAACAUCCCUGGAUGUACGAAGGCGUUCUCGCGGGCGGACCACUUACAGCGGCACAAGCUCAACCACAACCCGAAAACUGUCUACAAAUGCGACUGGGCGGGGUGCGGGCGCGAGUUUGUACGCAAGGACUUGAAGACGCGGCACAUGACACGGCAUACACUCCGGCGCGAGAAGGACGAGGAUACGCGGCCGGACGAUAGCGCGCGUGACAGCGACUACUCCACGCAGGGGCGUGUGUUGCUUGUACCGAACACGCCCUCCUUUCCUUCACUUAAGAUCCCGCACUCCAUCGACCACGCGGACGACGGGUCCAAGGAGCCCAAUCAGGAUAUUAUGCACUGGCUCUUCAGCGCGGGCGUUGUCUCGACCAGCUACUUCCAGGACACCAACCCGUACAGCUUCUUUGGCGAGUUCGACGUCGCGCACUCGCCCAUGGCGAUCCUUGAUGACCUCUUCGAUAUGAACGUGGUGUUUGUGCAUCAGCAAAACCAGACGUAUGUGGACGCAGAAAUGCUCCGCGAGCUCACGGCGCUUGUUCCAGGAUUGGCGGCUAUUCCAGGCUUCACGCUUCCCAACGUUGAACAGUUUCUCCAGAACUAUUGGAGCUGCUUCCACGUGCAGUAUCCGAUUCUUCACCGGCCGUCUCUCGACACAAAGGUGUGUCCGCGUGUGCUCCUCCUUGCGCUCGUGAUGGUCGGUGCGAGCUUCAUCUCGUGCAACGCGCGCUACAACAUUCCUGAGGCAAAAGUGGUGGCACAGGCAAUCGCGGAGCCGCUCCGCUGGAUGAUCUUUGCGUCGCGUGACUUCCAUCCGCCAGCACAGGCGUGGGUCAUCCAGAGCUUAUUGCUCCUUGAGGUGUACGAGAAGCUGUGCGCAACGCGCACCCUCCACGAGCGCGGGCACCUCCACCAUGCGACGACGAUUCAGCUCUUGAAACGAUCGCCGAUCAGUCUCCGAAACAUCGCUAGUACCAACUUCGGGGAUACCCUGAGUGAGCAGGAACUGCGUAAGACGGAGAUGUGGAAGGCGUGGAUCGACGCGGAGUCGAUGAAGCGCUGCGCGUUCAUGGCGUUCUAUAUAGACAACACGCACGCAACACUCUUCGACCACCAGGUCACGCUCUUCGCACACCAGAUGCACCUCUCGCUCCCAUGCGAUGAGGCACUCUGGGAGUCGACGGACUUCCAGAGCUUUGACAAGGAGAAGAAACUCUUGACGGCGCAGGCGCCGCACUUCCUCGUGGCACUCCGCAAGUUGCUCAACCGCAAGUGCGUAGUCACCGGUGCGUUUGGCAAGAAGAUCCUCCUCGCGGGGCUCCAAUCGGUCGCGUACCAGAUGGUUCAGCGUGAUCUCCAGGUGUCGUUCUUCGGCUGGGACGACCUCAAGGAUACGUGGCGCGAGACCAUCACGUUGGCAUUUGAUGUCUGGGUCACGGAUAUGUGCGGGUCAUGCCUGUUCACGCUCCCAGCCACAGUGGUGCCGGGCGACCAGGGCAUCGCAUACUACAGCCCUGCGAGCACCUUCUGCAAGACGCUCGACUACCACAUCUCACAGAUCUACAUCCGGAUUGACAGCUAUGAAUACACAAUCUACGCCGGGGUGCCGUGGCGGAUGUGUAUUGAGGCGGAGAGCGAUAGCCACGAGCACCGUGCGGUUGAGAAGAAGAUGAAGGACUGGGCUGCACUGGCGAACGCGCGCGUGGCGGUCAUGCACGCAUACUUCAUCCUCUGGGAAACGUUCUUGAGCCCACAUGACGAUCCUGCGACAGAGACCACCGCCUUGACGUACUCCCCGGACGAGGACCCCUUCCUUGGCGCGUACGCGAUCGCCAACGCGAUGCUCGUGGUGUGGGGCUACAACUUUGCGUUGAAGGGGCCGGAGAACAAGACACUCGCGCACUGGUGGGCCGAGCACCACGUCGCGCCAGAGAUUGUUGCAUACGAGGAGGAUGGCCACGCGUAUCUCCGCCGCAUCCGCGCAGCGUUGUAUGCCCAGACGGACAUCAUGGUGCACACACGCGAAUCCACGCUCACGGGCUAUCAGUUUUAUCAUGCGGUGGUCAAGUGCUCCGCGGGCUUGUUGUUGAUCGGCGAUAAGCACCACGUGGCCGGGUUGUGCCGAUUGGUCAGUGAGAGCUUGGCACGGGGAACGUGGGAGUUGAUCUGCGAGCAUUCCAAGGUGAUCAAGCACUGCGGAACCAGGAGUUUGGGGUCGAAGAGGGUCAAGUGCAGUGAUAUGUAUGCGACGGGCGAGGGGUUGCACAAUGAGUUUCAGGCUAAUGCAAUUCGGUCGUAG